AUGGCGACGAGUUCAAUCGAGCUCGACGGCGUGACUGCUGUUAUCGAGUAUCAAUAUGACGGCGCGACGCGAUUCUUGACGAGACCCGAUCCCGAACAUGCCUCGAUUCUAUUCACAUUGCAUGUCGAAGCGACUUGCGCCCUCUUCGACAUAGUGAUACCCAUCAGAUACAAGGACAAGACCAGCUCCAAGAGCAUGAACAUCCGUAUCAGCCCUCCAUCCAUCACCUCCCUCGGCUACUCCACCAAAACAACACUCCCUGACGCCAUCACGCCCAUCAUCCCCUCUGCGACGUGUCUUGAGUUACAACUUGUCGAGGCCAUUACUAUUCUUGUACCCAGCUUCAUCAAGGAGCCGGUUGCGGCGGCCAGGGCACGAUCGGGCAAGAUCCUCGACUCUCUACACGAACUGUCACACGCGACAGAUUUACGCAUCUACAUCCCCGACUCUGCACUGUCUGUAGACCAGCUGAAGUCCAUCAGCACAGCAAUCGAAAAACAACAGCUACAACCAUUCUCGGGUCCAGAUUAUGACAUUUCCCGAAUGUUCAGUGGCAGUGGUGCCAAGGUCACAACCCUCGCUGCACCAUUGCCGCCCUCGUACGAUAAAGUCGCGAGUGUCCAAUCGAGUGCUCCAUUAUACAACGAAUCCGCGACCUUCGAUCCGCCCAACACCCGCUCACGCAAGCGUAAACUAAGCCAAGAAGUGCUCGCCGAUGCCGACGCGAUCUGGAACAAGUUGCAGAAACUCGAGGCCAUGAUCAACCACCGUACAGCACAGGAUGACCAGGCUAGAGACCAGUCACUGCUCAUUCAAGUGUUGCGCGACGAGAUCGCUCAUCUACGAGAACAGCUAGCGUCAUGCCAGAAGAAAUGCGCGGACUUGGAGAUAGAAGUCGCGGGCUUGCGAGAGACACAAGCCAAUGCGGAUGAUACCGAGGCUGUGGAAUUGGCCGACAUGCGGGAAGAUAUCAAGACUCUGGAAAACAGGCUAGACUUUGUCGAGCGAGGGACGGAUGAUGAGGAGCUCGGCAAUAAGAUCAAGGUGGAGAUAUUCGAUGAGCUGGCAGCGAGGGUCAAGGGUGGCUGA